UUUCAGGAGCUAUUUCACAGGAUACAGAAGAUUUCGAAGAUUGCUGUGAAUUUCUGAUGUGUUUUGAACUUUUCCUUUGAGAUGACAGAGAUAUAAUGCCUUUGUUUGACGUUAUUGGACUUGGGGGAGAAAAGCAUGCUGUUGUUAUCGACAUUGGGGCAGCCUAUACAAAAUGUGGUUUUGCUUCAGAGACAAGUCCUCGUCACAUCAUUCGCAGUGUCGUCACACACACAAUAAAUGGAGAGACAGAAACAGUGAAUGUUAUUACCAAUGAACAAGAUAGAAGGCCUGAUGAAUUGUAUGCUAUCCUUAGAGACUUUCUCCACCAAGUGUACUUCAGGUACCUUCUUGUUAACCCACGUGACAGAAGAGUGGUUAUUUGCGAGUCUGUGCUUUGCUCAACUCUUUGGAGGAAUACAAUUGCAAAAGUUCUUUUCAAGCACUUUGAGGUUCCAUCAUUAUUGUUUGCACCCCAUCACCUGUUGGCACUAUUUACUCUUGGAGUACCUUCAGGCCUGGUCUUAGACUGUAGCCUUACAGAAACAGUUGUCUUACCAAUCUAUGAAGGGACGGCCAUUCUGAAGGCUGUUGAAACAAUUCCCCUAGGGUCACAAGCCAUUCACAAGUACUUAGAAAAGCAGCUUAUGGAUAGAAGUCUUGUGCAAAUAGAAACUGGAAUAAAACCUUUGUCAUCUGUUAUGAAUGCUGUCGAAACAGAAACUUUGGAGGAUAUCAAAGUGCGUACCUGCUUUGUGGCACCAAAGUUUAGUGGCCCAGAGGGAGAACCACGCCCAGCUUCACAAGUGCCAAAGGUUGAUUAUCCACUUGAUGGUGGAAGGAUACUCAGAAUUGAAGGUCAAAUCAGAGAACAGACAUUUGAUAUUCUGUUUGAUGGUGAUGAGGAAGAAAAAUCCAUUGCAACAUGUGUUUUGGAUUCCAUACUCAAGUGUCCUAUUGACACCAGGAAAACUUUGGCAGAAAACAUAGUUCUCAUUGGAGGAACAGUUAUGACACCAGGGUUUAAGCACCGUCUUUUGCAAGAGAUUUAUUGUUUACUCCAGUCACCUCGAUACAAGGAGAACUUGUUUAUUAAAACCAUCAAAAUGCAUCGGACACCUGUCAGCCCUAACUGUACAUCAUGGCUUGGAGGUGCAAUAUUUGGUGCUCUUGAAGUGCUGGCAGACCGCUCUGUAACGAAAGAGAGGUACAUACAAGAUAACAAGAUACCAGACUGGGCAUCCUGUGAAGUGCAAGCUCUUGAUAACAUCCCAAUAUUAGAUGCACCACUUGAAAGACCUGUGCUUUCACGUCGUCAGACAAGUGGUAUUACCAGCACCCUUAGCAGUAUAAGCAGCACACUGUCAAGCCGACUUCUUAGUGGAGGCAGUCCACGCUCUUUGGGAUCAAGCUUACUUCAAAGAGCUGGGGCAUCCCCUAGUUCAGGUGCUUCUCAGAGUAUAAAAGAAACUGACAGAGAAAGUCAAAAGGAAGAAAAGGAAUGAAUCUGCUUAGACUUGUGUAUAAAUAAUACCACCAUAUAUUAUAAAGAUACUUGUAUGUCUUUAUUUCAAGGUUUCUGUUUAAAAAAAGAACUUACAAUUAUUGUACUGAGGCACUGACCCAGGCCUUCGUGCAUUGUGUAAAAAUACCCCUCCCAGCCCAAGUAGACUUGUCACAAGUCUAUAAAACCAACUUAACAGUAGGAAAGUAAAACUUAUGGUUAAGAAAGUCUUCAUCCCUGUAUAAUGAGGACUUUUGCCAUCAAUUUACAAUCAACUGGGUAAAUGGAUAUCAAGUGAAGAAAAUAGUAAAUUUAAAAAGCUUAUUUAUUAAACUGUCUCUUGGUCUCUAGUGGACUUUUGACUGUUCUUUUAGCUUGUGAAAAAGCAAUAAAAUAUGUUGUGAAGUGUCA